UCACGGCGUGUCGCCCCUUCGAGUUUGUGUCUUUCGUCAACGGCCGUAUCGACUUGUCAUUUCUGUCCCCUCGCCUGCCUUUGUCUUUUUGGUCGUAUGUCGCCUUUUGCUUGACCGAAUAACAUCACCGACCGCCUCUUAAGCCCAAGAGCACCCAGACAAAGUCAGACCGCCGUUGUUCGGUUCGAAUUUUAUACCCGCAGGCAAGUGUUCUGCUGCGACUCUCAACGGGCUCGAGCCGAGACAGAAACAAUGUCUGGCUACGGCUAUGCUCCGCCACCGCCUCCUCCGUCCACCUCGGGCGGCCAUCAUGCGUAUGCGCAACCGACGCCAUCCUACGCUCACCACCGGGGAGGGGGCCCAUCUGGUGGUCGCGGUCGCGGGGGUCAGUACUCCCGGGGCAGAGGCGACUAUCAGGCCGCCGCCGCGGCGGUCCCAACUCAUUACGAGUACCCUCCGCAGCCGUAUGCGGCCCAUGGCAUGACCGCAUACGGCGCGUCGUCCGCAGCAGCCAACUAUCACCAACCUCAUCCACAGCAGUGGGCUCCGGAACACGCUCACGCCCCCCCUCCGCAGAACGCUCAUCCCCAUGCUCCCUCACCCAUCUCCCCAUCAAAUUACCAUCCGAACUACGCUCCUCAGUCAUAUGCCCCCACCCAAUACUCCCAGCAGCCUGCCUACGGCGCGCCGCAGCAGUAUGGUCACCCGUAUCAGGCUGCUCCUCCCCAGCCGGCCGCGUCUCACUGGGGCCAUCAAGGCUCGCCCCAGCAGGGGCACUAUUCUAACAACAGAGGUCGAGGCGGCUACAGCGACAGGGGUGUUUCCAAGCAUUCGCACAUGGGAGCUCCAGUCCGGCAGGCCUACGACCACGAGCCAGUGGCGCCAGUGUACGGCCAGCCAUACCCGCAUGAUCCUCGCGCUGCCCACUAUCCCCCAGCCCAGUAUCCAUACUCGGGGCCACCGCCUCCUCCUCCCGCGCCUGUCCAUCACCAGGACAGCCACCACGGUGGUCAGUACCAUCGUCGCGGCCGAGGUGGAGGGCACAGAGACGGCGUUCGCGGGCGUGGUGGUCACCAUCACGGCGGCGGGGACAAGGCUCGCCACCAUCACGGUCAGCAAAAGCAGAAUCACCAGAACCACGGCAACGAUGCCAAGGUCAAGGUCGAUACGCAGUCGGCUGGCAAGAAGAAGAAGCGCAAGACCAACACACUAGGUUUGACCCCCGGCAUGGAGUCUGAGUCGGAAGACGACGAAGGAGAGGAGAAGGCUCUCGUAGAUCUUAUUGGCGCCGAGACCCUGCAAAUUUCCGACGUUGCCGCUUUCUUGGCCGAACGUCGCAAGAAUUACCCCACGCGCGCGCGAGUGGAGGCCAAGAAAGCUGCCGAUGUGGCACGAAAGGAUGAGGACAAGGCUGCCUCUCUGGAAAAGCAAGCCGACAAGUUACGGAAGCAGCUUCGCAAGGUCGAGUCUUCUAUCAAGCGAAAGCGUGAGCAAGGCGAUGAGGGAGAUGAGAUGCGGGACGUGUCUCCAGAUUCGUCGGAUGACGAGAAGCCCGAAGUCAUGUCUUCUCGUACCGAGUCCGCCGCGCCGCCUCCUCCACCUCCGGCCAAGAAGGCUGAUAUCUCGAAACACUGCAAGUAUUACGCCACCGGUGGAACGUGUGGAAAGAAGGGCAAGUGCCGCUUCGUUCACGAUCCUGAAGUGAGAGAAGCAGCCAUGAAAGAACGCGAGGCCAACGAUGGCCGCAUGACCAUUCAGCAACGCUUGAUUCUCAACGAUAAGGAGCAAGAAGAUUUGACCAUUUUGCAGUCCAUCCAGUACCUGCGCGAAAAGGGAGCCAUGAAGGCUAUCCCCAAGGGCCAAGGAAGCGCCGACGCCAUGGACGUGGACGUGAAAGAAGACAAGGACAAGAACAAGAAGCCCAACGGAUCGAGUCUCCUGCCGGCUGCCCCAGCAUCGUUGCCCGAACCCCCCAUCAAGAAAGAGGCCAACUCGAGUCGCCGUCAUCCGCCGCCGUCAGCCAUCCCAGCUGCGAAGGUGGUCAGUAGCCAAGGGGCUGAGCACUACCAGGGCUGGCUUCUGCAGCCAUAUGGCAGCGGGAACGGCAAGCAGUCUGGAAGCGACGAUCUCCCUUGAAACGAACGGGAUAGGAAGAGGUACGAGAGCGUUCGUGUCGAGGGCAAUGAAAUCUGCUCAGUAGCAGGCCAUGUGCAUAAAUUUUGGAGCGAGAUCGUGGGAAGGAGUCUUUUAUGCGGGUAUUAAGAUUGCUGUUAAGUUUCUUUCUGUUCGGGGCAGCAGCUAUAUUGCUGAUUGAGGCAUAGUUCAUGGUAAUGAC